CUUCGGCAGUAUUGGCCUGAACCGCCUACCAAGACGGAAAAAGACUUGCCCGACUUGCAAGGACGAGUCUUUAUUGUCACAGGCGGCACUGGAGGCAUCGGCUUAGCAGUAGCGACAGCUCUCUUCCACGCCAAUGCGACGCGAGUCUACCUCCUUGGGCGAUCUGAUUCUGCCGGCGAGACGGCCGUGAGCGCCAUUGUCAAAUCAGAUCCCCCCGGCGAUAUGAAGCGUCGCAGCGCAGACGGCGAUGGCGCUGUCAAGUUUCUACACCUGGACCUUUCCGAUUUGCAGAGCAUCAAGCACACCGCCGAGGCCUUUCUGUCAGCAGAGACUCGGUUGGAUGUCAUCUGGCACAAUGCGGGCGUCAUGGCACCCCCGGAGGGAAGCGUCAGCAAGCAGGGCCACGAGCUAAGCUUUGCGACUAACGUGCUAGGCCCCUUUUUGCUGCAGCAGUUCCUGACGCCGAUUUUGCUCAAGACGGCCGAGAGCGGGCUUGUCCCGGAGGCGUCUGUCCGUACUUGCUGGGCGGCUUCCGUCGAGUUUCCUGACCCCCCGGGGGAGGAUGGGAUCUUGUGGGAUGAUUGGGCGCUGAGCUCGCCCGAGUUUUCUGGCCUCAACGGGCGUGUCCAGCGAUAUGUGCAGAGUAAAUGGGCAAAUGCCAUUCUCGCGGUCGAGAUGGCCAGGAGAUAUCCUCAGGUUGUUAGCUCAUCGUUCAACCCGGGCGCCAUCAAGACGGACCUCACUCGGCACGCGCCCGGCAUCUUGAAGAGCAUCCAAGGGUUCUUGUCGUACCCGGUUCGGUUUGGGGCCUUGACUGAGUUGCAAGCUGGGUUUGGGAGUGAGGUUGCCGAGUACAAUGGCUGCUAUCUUAUUCCCUGGGGGAAGGUUGGGAGUCCGAUUCCCAAAGUUGUGGAGGGCAUCGAGAAGAGGGCGUCGGGAGAGAGGCUGUGG